GGUAGGAUCAGUGCUAUGACCUCUACACUCACUGCCCUGCUCUACCUCGGGCUGUUCCUGAGCCAGACCAUCAGGACCGAGAAGCAGAAUCUUUCAAAACCCAUCAUCUGGGCCAAGCCAGAUUUCAUGAUUCCGAAGGGAAAGCAGGCCCUUAUCUUCUGCCAGGGGACUCCUGAGGCUGUGAAGUACCAGCUGUAUUUCGAGGGACACCUCUUUCGUCAGCAGAGCCCAAAGCAACUUGGAAGGAGGAACAUAGCCAUGUUCCACAUCCCAGCCAUGACCCCACUCACUGCAGGGCAAUACAAGUGCAUUUACCGAAGCAAGAAGCUCUGGUCAAACCCGAGUGACCCUCUGGAUCUGGUGGUCACAGAAUUGUAUGACACCCCCACCCUCUCCGUCCAUCCUGGGCCUGAGGUGACCUCAGGAGAGAACGUGAGCUUCUACUGUCAGCUGGGCACUGCAACAAACAAGUUCUUUCUGCUCAAGGAGGGACAAUCCCCUCACCUUCAGCACAGAUACGGGAACACCCAGGUGGAGUUCCCCAUAGGUCCUGUGACCACAGCCCACAGAGGGACGUACAGAUGUUUUGGCUCCUACAACAACCAUGCAUGGUCCUUUCCCAGUGAGCCUGUGAAGCUCCAGGUCGCAGAAGAUUUUGGGGACACCAGCCUUGCACCCACAGAGCACACCUCUUUUUCUGACUAUUGGGAUCUUGACUUGGUAACCACAGAGGCAGAAUUCCAGCAAGACCUUGCCUCCUGGGAUCACACUGCCCAGAAUCUCCUUCGGAUCAUUCUGGCUUUCCUGGUCCUGGUGGCACUCAUGUGCUUCCUGGCUGAAGACUGGCUUUGGAGGAAGAGGGCACAAGAGAAAGCCAACGGGGCUUCAAGUCAGGAACACAGGAGAAGGUUCAGAACACAGAGACGCCUGAUCGAAUGACCAAGAGAUGUGCUGGUCCCAGGUAGAGCUGAACGCUGUCCUUGACCCUGAGCUGAGCGAGCUCUGUGUUGUACCCAUGAAGGGGGUUUCUCUGCAGGACACUGAGGGACAGCUGCAUGGAGUCUGGCAGGGUGGGAUGAAAGAGCUAAAUUUCCCUCCAGACAGACCCUCCUGUCUCUUCUGGGGUGUAAGCAUUUUUGUGCCUUCCUGAUGCGAACCAAAGCUUUAACCACCCUGGUUUUCCCCCAGAAUAUCUCCUUUGUUAACAGCAUGGCCACAAAUAUUUCCUUCCUACUUUGGUCUUCAUCCCUACUUCUUUUUUCCAUUACUGCAGUAUGUCAUUCAAGAUAUUUAAUAACCAGUACAGAAAAGAAACAGUAUAGAAAAUAAUAAUAAUAACCAGUACAGAAAAUAAUAGUAAUAACCAGUACAGAAUAGUCAUUUAUCAAAAGCAACAGGAGCCAGUGAGGCACCAACAGGUUGAAGGAGAUACAGGCUGUGAGCACACCUAUGGCUGAAUGUGUCCUGGCUGGGUCUCAGCCUUGCCCUGAUUGCUCUGUCCUACACCACUGCAGGCUUCUGUCUUCCUUGCUUCUUUAUCCAGACUCUGCCUUCUUCCUUGGGUCUCCCCCAAGAGAGCUCCCAAACCCUCCAUCUCAACAUCAGAUAUCACCUCCAUGCUCCCAAAGCACUUUCUGUUCAUCUAUAACAGCACCGGGGCUCUAACAUUGCAUACAUAUCCAUUUUCCCAUCUCUACCAUGAACUUGUGUGAAUUAAGUCUGUGCUGGGUCUGAUUACUGUGCUCACAGCUCCUGCCACUAAGAGAGCUCUCCAGAAAUAUAUAUUAGGUCAGUCGGUACACAAAUGGGACAGUAGUGCAACUUAGCCCUUGAGACUCCUGACUAUUGUCCUUGAAAUGCUGUCUGGAUCCUUUGUUCCUUGAGAACUUCUACUGGAUCAGCCCAUUAAUAUAACCAUGAUGUGGGUCCCUUCCCCUGCCAAGACUCUGAUGCCUCACACAGCUCAAAUCCAUUCUCUAAAUCUGAGUUUUCUGUUACGCAUCAGAGAACAUUAAGUCCAACCUCAAAGGGGUGACAUGCAUGUUUAACAAGAUAAAGAAUGUUGGGGCACCUGUGUGGCUCAGUGGGUUAAAG